GCGAGGUUCCAUGCAGAUGGUCCAAGAUAGACGGCGUCUAUAAUGAAGGCGUUAAUGCUUGUCAUGGUCGGACUGUUGACGACUGUUAACGCUAUAGAUACAGACGAAUGUGGCAACACCUGUCACAGCAGCGCCACCUGCAAAAACACGGACGGGUCCUACAACUGCAGCUGCAACCCUGGUUUCCAUGGAAACGGCACGUAUUGUUCAGAUAUUGACGAAUGCCUGAACAGCACCUGGAAUGACUGUCACGUGAAAGCCACGUGCCUGAACACUGAGGGGUCCUUCAACUGCAGCUGUGGGAACGGUUUCUAUGGUAACGGGACGUUCUGUCAAGAUACAGACGAGUGUGCCGACCUGACACACAACUGUCACAGCAGCGCCACCUGCUACAACACGGACGGAUCCUACAACUGCAGCUGUAACCCUGGUUUCGAUGGGAACGGCACGUACUGCUCAGAAAUCUGCGCCAGCGGAUGGAGGUAUUAUGAAGACUCGUGUUACCUGCUAUCUACAAGUCUACAGGGGGCCUACUCCCGCCAAGGGCACGAGUCCAUAACCUGGGAACAAGCUCGGGUCACGUGCCAAGCCCUCCAAGGAGACCUCGCCAUAGUGCCGACCGCUGCUGAACAGGAAUGGAUCGCAAAACAGGCUACCGUGGACCUAGACCUCUGGGUUGGCGCCAACAACAUACAAGUUUGGAUUGACGGCACAAACAUGACCGAGAAUAGCGUAACACCAUACCGUACUGGUCAGUGCAUUGUGAUCGGCACUGGCGGGUUGAAAGGGAUGGACUGUAACGACAAGACGAUCUACAUGUGUGAACGUCCAACGGAUCCGUCUCCAUACAGAACUCUUGGAUGCUGGGCGGACCCUGACGGAUUGGCCAUACCAUCUCUACAGGAUCAUGACAUCAUCGGAGACCACAGCGCAGUGGAUAAGUGCUACCAGGCUGCACAGAGGAACGCUUACCGCGUUUUCGGUCUCCAAGAUGGCGGCCUCUGUAGCUCGUCUGACGUCGCGCAUCUGACGUACCAGACCUACGGGCGGUCAGCUGACUGUGGACUGGACGGGGAGGGCGGGGUCGGAGCGAAGCACGUCUAUAAAGACAUAGGUGGCUCCUCUGCUGACUGUGACUUUGACAUCAACAUCUGCCAGUACACGCAAGUCACUACUGACGCCAUGGACUGGCAGCACAUAUCAGGUCCGACCGUGUCAGCAUCGACUGGGCCUUCAGCCGACAGCACCACUGGAUUCGGAUCGUACAUCUACAUUGAGGCAUCGGAUACUGUAGAGAAUGACGUGGCUCGUCUUGAGUGCGAAGUGAUCCCGGAUGGAGCCCACGUGAAGAGCUGCCUGUCCUGGCACUACCACAUGUACGGCUCGGGGACAGGGACGCUGCGAGUACUCGUCAAACAGGGUAUGGAGAGGGAAGUAUGGCACCAGUCUGGGGAUCAAGGCAACCAGUGGUACACUAUGGCGGUCACCUUACGCACCGCUGCUCCUUUACAGAUCGUGUUCGAGGGUACUCGGGGGAGUAGUGACUUGGGUGAUAUCGCACUUGAUGACGUGGCGUUGACGGCUGGAGCUUGUAAAGAUUGUCAGGAGGUUCCUACCCAGCUGGAGUUCUGUAAAACCGUCAAUGGUUACUCCCGCAUCUACUUGCCAAACGUGUACGGCCACUCGACGAUGGACGAAGUGCUCGCUUCCGACGAGUACAAGGUCACACUGUCUCUCAGCAACGACCGCAACGCAACGUGUCAUCCUAGCGGACUGGCGUUUGCGUGUUUUCUAUUGGCACCGAUGUGUAUUGAUGUCGGAAGUACACAGCCUGUUACGAGGAAGAUGUGUUGGUCGUGGUGUCGGGAGAUUGUGGACACGAAUCAAGACUGCCCUAAGAUGGAUACAAAAGCAAAGGCCAUGUUUCUGGAUAGGCACUGUGAUGGUCUACCAAACAUGGACUGUUUUCACUCGGAACGAACUCUGAGCAAAGAAGCUACACGUGGCUACAGUCAGUUCCAGGGAGUGUGGUAUAAGGUGUUUGAAGAGAGGAAGUCAUACACAGAUUCCCUGCAGAUGUGUAGAGAAGACGGCGGCACGCUGUCCAUGCCUAAAACUGCAGCCAUUAACGCGUUCUUGAUCAACUUCAUCACCGACACCGCAGCGGAGCCUGAUGGAGCCUACAGAUUUGGGCUGUCGGAACCUCCAGAUGAGAGCGGUGCAUGGAUGUGGGCAGAUGGAGCGAUCCUCGGCGUCUACAGCAGCUGGAUAGUCUCGGACGCAGGCAUCAAGGGCUGCGCCAGUUAUGUUAACGCAACUAAAGUUAACACGGUCGCGCAGCCUAGGUGGUCGGCUACGUGGUCUGCGUCGCCAUGCCAUACUUUGGCCAGCUUCAUUUGCCAAGUGGAAAUGACUGACUGCUUUUACGGACACGGUCACGACUACAGCGGGACGUGGGAAAUCACUGAGAGGGGGGAGAGAUGUGUGAGCUGGCAAACAGUGAAGGACGAGGUGCCACUCUUAUCAGAGUCCGUCCAUGAUAUUACAAAUGGUGAUCCUAUGACUGAGUAUAACCUGGAAGAGAACUACUGCAGGCUCCUGACCAGCCCACGAGCCGAAGUGUUUAGUGCUACAGAAAAACCGUUAUGUUUUGUACGCAACACAACAGAUCAACUGCAACCACAAUAUUGUAGUCUUCCCCGCUGUAAUAUGAUGACAGGAACAACAUGCGAAAUGAACAUAACGGGGCUGAAGGGAAGGUUUUCCAAUGAAGAAAGAUCCGACAUGCGUCUGGGACGCUGUCAGUGGAACGUCGAGGUCUCUGAAGGUUAUCAUGUAGAGCUUCAUUUUCACCCGUUUGAACUGAGCAUCGGCGAGUCCGGGUUCUGCCAGGGAGGGCGGGUACACGUCAUUGACGGUUCCUGGUCGGACGGCAAGUCUGACAUCGUUGGUACAUACUGCGGCCACGACAUGCCCGACAUCGUGUCCAGGAGCCGGCGACUGACCGUGGUUUUCUAUGGGUCAAUGCGGAAUUCCUCUGACACAUUUGUUGCUGACUAUACUGCACGGACUAAAGCUGGGCCAACUGAGUGCAAUGCCGACGGAUCCCAUUUCGUGUGCGACAAUGGCCACACCUGUAUUCCCUUCGACCAACUGUGCCAUGGUGAUGCCCACUGCUGGGAUGGCAAGGAUGCUGAAGUUUGCAGCUGUCAGACCAUUCAUAACAGCAUUAAGGAGCUGUGCCCCACCUCUGCAUACGCCACGUUCCCAAAUCAUUACAGACACGUGAACUUCGACGCUAUUCUCCAAUGGGAAAAGUUCAACACUACCAAGACACUGUCUCAGAAACGGUGUCAUGAUCAGAUUCGUGAGUUUCUGUGCUACAUGGUUGUUAGCCCGUGUUCGGGGAGCAAGUAUGCCCCCUGUCGGUCUUGGUGCGAGGAACUGAAGCUAAACUGCGAUCACGAGCCGGAGUGGUCAGCCGUAGUACCAGAAUGCUCAGCGUUUGAUGCUUCAAACCACUGUUACCCAGGGCCUAUCUCACAAGAGGAUCCAAGGACAAAGCUGUUGGUUGACAAGUUUGAGAAGGGUUCCAUAAGUCCGAACCUGCCGCCUCCAGGGGGCAACGGACUGAACAUCACCGUGGCCGCCAGCAUUGAUGACAUCAUUGACUUAGAUGAGCCUGGAGAGUCCAUCACCACAGCAGCCCGCAUAAACCUGUGUGACUGA